AUUCAUACAAGUGAAGUGAUAGUCGCGUUUCCAUCCACUUCGUGAUCAUCAGUGACUCAAAACGAUUCCGUGUGUGGCGUAGUUUUAUAAUCGCAAAAUCAAAGUAGAAAAGCAUUGUGAAAACAAUUAUAAAUUUUCAUCUGAAUAUUUUCACGUGGCUUACUGUUCAUGUUUCUUUGCUUUUUAUUUGUUUCGGUUGAAAAACGUGAGCUUUUUUUGCGUUCGCCGCAGUUUUUCGCAACAGAAUCAAAGAAUAUCCAGUAGAGGUGCUUUGUUUUUAUUUUUGAGCUACACAAAAAUUGAGAAAAGUAACACAAUGGCGACCUGUACUAUCGAUGGUGACGAUGAUUUAGUGAUGACGGUUUUCACCAUGUCCGAUAAUGUUCAAUAGAUUGUGGACGGUGCAAUAAGAGAAAGAAUCAGUGCGUAAUCGAAACGACAAAAAAUUGCAAUGGAUUAAACAUCGUAGUGGCGAGAGUGGAAUAAUUUGAUUAGCAGCCUUUGCUUUGUUGCCCCUCCAAACUCACCCGUGGUUGUUGGGUAGCCCAGGAAAAAGUUUGGUAGCAGUUUCUUUUUGGAUUAUUUCGGAGACAGUAAACCUAGCACACCAUUUUUUGCCCAUCAAGGAUAAACGUCGGAGAAAUAUUCUCAAAUACCCCAACGAAACGGAGCUACGAUAGUGAAACGUGAACGAUAUCAGGAUAGCAGCCGCCGUCUACAUUCAGUUGAUACCAUUAGCGCUACAGAGCUUUAUUUUCAACCAAUUAGCACAGAUAAUCAGUGCCGAAGUGGAAGGCAAGAUGACAUCGGACGCUAAAAUCGUGAAUGAUUGAACUUGAAUUAAAUUCUACGAACGGUGAAGGUUUAAUGCAUUUGAAGUGUUAGUGUAAGUGCAUUCGUACGGCCCAAUAAUAGUGCAAACAAAGUUUCGUUUUGAAAGAGCAUCCAUUAUCAUUAUCCAUCACAUUGCAAUAUGACGGUACUUUCGAUGCUGAGUAGUUGGCUGUUAGUGCGUAGUUUACUCACAAACUAUUAUCUACUGGUUCUGCUGUCAUCGGUAUUCCUGCUGAGAAGCGCCGACGCAGACAUCCUGGUGUACCAGAAUGAUCAGCUGUUGGAAGAGUUUCGGGAUUUUCCAGCUACAUUCGGCGAAGACAUUCCGGAGAGUGGUCUCAAAGUACGAGCCGUCCCGGCGGAUCCGAUCGAUGGAUGCUCAACUCUGGUCGGACCACCGGACAACAUUACGUCGAUAAUUGGCUACGGGGGACCGACGCGCUUCGCGGUCAUCAUACAAAGAUACAAUUGCUCAUUUGAGGACAAAAUUCGCAAUGCACAGAAUGCGGGAUUUGCCGCCGUGAUUGUUCACAACGUUGGUAGUAAUGAUCUCGAGCGAAUGUCAGCCAACCAUGCGGAAGACAUUAUCAUCCCGUCGGUGUUCAUCGGCGAAAGCAACGGUUUGUACAUCAUCGAGAACUUUAUGUACCCCCUGAAUUUCGCUCUGAUCAUCACCGAUGACGUUCCGUUCAACAUCAACAACAAUCUCAUAAUUCCCUUCGCCAUCGUGGUUGGAAUGUGCUUCAUUAUAAUGAUUUGCUUUAUGAUUAUUCGUCUCAUACGGGAACGUCGCCGUAUGUUGCGUCAUCGGUUGCCGAACAGUGUGCUGAAGAAGAUCCCCAUCGUCAAAUUUGCGAAGGGAAUGCAUUACGAGACGUGUGCCAUCUGUCUGGAUGACUACAUCGAUAACGAACGGUUACGGGUUUUGCCCUGUCAUCAUGCCUAUCACGUGAAAUGCAUCGACCCGUGGCUGACGAAGAACCGCCGGGUGUGUCCCAUCUGCAAACGGAAGGUUCUUGCCCGCGGUGAACGACCAUCACGUGUACGCUCCAACAGCGACAGUAUGUCUUCGUCGGAUGCCGAUGAACACACUCCAUUGCUGAACUCAACCGAGGCCAACCAGGUGGUCAAUUCCGAUGCACCGGGCUCGCCGGCCCAGGAGAAUGGAACUGUUGUCAGCUCGCCACGACGUAGCAAUCGAGUGGCACGGGCACCACCGAACACGGACGACGCCCACGUGGUAAACAUGACUUCCGAUGACGACGAGCUGCUAGAUGAUAGCAGUGUUAACGCUGCACCCAGUACCACUCCCAGACAGAUGUUGGGUACUCCACAGCGACGAUUCAAUCCGUUCGAUCGAGUGGUUCAGUCGCAGAUGUCAUCCAAUCAUGCUGGCCGAGAUGCCGACGAACCGGGAGGUGGCAGUGGCACAGGGGCAGGGGAAUCACCAUACAGUCCGAUCGGUGAGGAACGUCUGCCCGUCAGUGCCUGGGAUCGGUUCGUAAGAAAAAUGCGCUUCUUCGGACGUAACACGGACACACAGGAGCUCGUAUCCGACGACGAUAUCGAUCCGGUGACGGGCGGAACGAGUACUCCGGUCGGUGCCACCGCGACCGCCAGUAACAACAUCCUCAACGGCAAUCUCAGUGGUUCGUUCCACGGUGAGGAUACGACCGAUGACGAGAUACUGGGUGCCAGCUCUCACGACGAUGCAAAGCGCCGCCAAAUUCGUUCGGCUCCGAAUCUUCCCUCGACCAGUGGGCUUCCGUCAGGCAGUGCUGGAUCUGCCGGAGGUGGUGGUCGCCUCGGGGUAGCAGCACUGCCGAAUGUUAAUUUCAACGUUAACCAGUCCGGGCGGAGAUCGAACCGUUUCGGAGGGGAGGGCGGUACCUCGCGAGGAAAUUAUCCGGUGUAAAUAGUUAUUAUUAGUGGUAGUAGAUGCAAGGUAAGUCAUGUCCAUACACGUCGUCGACGUUUUUAGAAAGGAUAAUCAAAUGGAUAAUAAAGAAGUACUGCGAUCGUAGAAGUGUCAAGGUAGGAUUGUUUGCGAACCGCAGGAGAGAUUAGCUUCUAUUUCUCAUAGUUUUUCACAAUUUCCUCCAUUGAAUUCAUCGGAAAACACGUGAUAUCAACUUCAGUUGAAAAAUUCUCCGAUAUUUUUCUGUCUCAGCCAAUUAGCUAGACGGACUAGUACGGAAAUUGAAGCUUUGAUAAUAAUGGUUAUUUUAUCUGGCCUGAAGUAGCCUAAAUGUGAUUGGAUUUUUAGAAAGUCGGUUAUUUUUAUGUGUACCAUUUAUAAUUGCGAAUCAUAAAUUUACUGAAACAGUAUAAUUAUAAAUACACUUCUGAGGUUGAGGUUCGUUUCUCAACCUUAGGUAAAGUACAGAAUGUUUUGUAUAAGUCAAUAAACAUUACCUAUUCGUCUUGUCAUAUAGAUUUUCUCGGAAUGUAGAAUUUUAGUGAUUCUGUUGAUAUAUGAUAAACGCAAAUUAUUAUUACUAUUCAAAAUGAAGUCCUACACUUAUAUUUGUAUUUAAUCGACCACGACCCAUUAUAUCCACAUGAUGAACUGCAAUCGUUUUUUACGUUCUUUUGGUUUUUAUGCCCCCCCUUUGAGUUUUAAAACCCUAAUAACAACAAUAACCAAACACGUAGACAAUGUAACAUAUUAGCCAUAUAUUCGUAAAGUAAAUUACCACCGUCAAAUAUCAGACACAGACACAUGGCGUAAUAUUGAGCUAGCAGAAACAACUACUGCCAUUUGCAAUAGUGUGUUGUUUACAAUAGUGCACUGAUGUGGAAAAAAAUAAAUAAACAAAAUGGGUAAAACUCGACAACAGUGUAGUGAGUUAUUUUCUCUGCUAAGAGAUAUCAUAGAUUCUUACGCAAUUGCAUACUUGUAAGUAAAUACACUGAACCUUACUGAAUA